AGCUGAGGAAGAGAUGUGAACAUAUGUGAGAUAAAAGGGAAGUAAGUUUGUUUCAGUAGCUGACAACCAGAAGAGGAUAUGGUUGGCUCCCCAGUGUGUUUCAUCCUCAUGUCUCUCCUCUGCCAGUUCAUAGGGCCAGCAGCGUCUAGAGAUCUGAAGAAGCUGGUUGGUGCCCUUGGCGGAUCUGUGACUUUCCCUCUGAACCACUCAGUAAAGAAGGUUGGCAGCAUUGUCUGGAUCUUCAACACAACUCUCGUGACCUUACAGCCACAAGAGUCAAAUAAGUCAGCCAUUGUCAUAGUGACCCAAAGCCAUAAAAAAGAAAGAGUGAGCUUCCCAAAUAGAGACUACUCCCUGAAGCUCAGCAAGCUGCAGAAGAAUGACUCGGGCACCUACCGUGUGGAGAUACACAACCCACUCCACCAGCUGCCCUUCACCCAGGAGUAUGUGCUACGUGUCUAUGAAUACCUGUCCAAGCCCAAAGUCACAAAAGGUCUGCAGAACAAAAAGAAUGACACCUGUAUGACCAAUCUGACAUGCUCCAUGGAACAGGGUGAAGAGGAUGUGACUUACAGCUGGAAGAUAGCCAAUGAGUCCCAUGACGGCUCCGUCCUCCCCGUCUCCUGGAGACUGGGGGAAAAGAACAUAAACUUCAUCUGUGUGGCCAGCAACCCCAUCAGCAACAGCUCCUCAAACCCCAUCUCUUCCUGGAACCUGUGUGAAGGUACCGCUGGUGAUACAAAUGCACCCAUGUUUUUACUGUACUUCCUGUUGGCCACCUUGCUCAGUGUCCUCGUAUUUGGACUCGUACUUAUUUCAAGUAUGCAGAGAGACAGAAGAAAAGAGUUCACUGGAGAGAAGGAGGGAGUGGAAAUACAUCAGGAAAUUCCUGACGUCUGCCUCCCUUCAGGAGCGACCACAGUGUAUGACACCAUCUCUCACCAUAAUAAAUUGACCCCAGAGGAAGAGCCAGUAAAUACACUUUAUUCCACCGUUCAGAUACACAAAAUGGAGGAGAAACCCCACGCACUGUUCGAGAUUCUGGACACACCAGUGCUACCUGCCUAUGAGAAUAUCUAAACAGCAGUGCACUCUCCUCAAAUUUCAUUCCAAAAGGAAAGAGGCAAAAGGACUUACUGACUGGAUCAGAAACAUCAAGGAAGAAUAAGGAACACUGAUUUCCUUCCAGAAUUAAGCUGGCUCAGCGUUCCUGGGCCGUCCUUUAUGCUCCUUCAAGUUUAAGAGUUCGUCAUUCUACCCGCUGCUAAGAAAUCUCCUCAAACUCAGGAUGGAAAUGUGGCUUUCUAGAAGCCAACCCAAGAAAGGGGCUUAGAGGUGGCCGUGUUGAAAUAGAAAUGCCAUGGCACUUGUAUUAGUGACUGCCGCUGUCCUGUGUGAAGCCACUGCACCCAAGGCUUGGAGUUUGGGAAUAAAGCAAGAGAUCAAGAAGGAUGGAACAGACAGACAUGUCCAGCAGAAGCAGACAGACCUGUUGCUGUCAGUCGAUCCCAACUCAUAAUGACCCUAUAGGACAGAGUAGAAUUGCACCAUAGGGUUUCCAAGGCUGUAAUCUUUACAGAAGCCGACUGCCACAUCCUUCUCCUGCUGAGUGGCUGGUGGGUUCAAACCACUGACCUUCCGGUUAACAGCGGAGCACUUAACCUCUCCGCCACCAGAGCUCCUUAGAAGCAGACAUAGCAGUCGAAAAUGGAUUCAUUGAUUCAAAAAAUAUUUAUUGAGCAUCCGCUAUGAGCCUGGCACUGGGCUGAGCUUACGCUGAUUGGUCAGACAAUGCUCCCUGCAUUCAUGAAAUUGGCCCCUCUUGAACUACUUCCGUAGGCAGUUGCUGCAGGCAUGACCACAGAUUCCCAGCGCCCAGAGGGGUCAAAUGUGGAUCCACAGGAUUUGGGAAUCAGAGCACAAGGACUGAGAAGCCAGAUGGAAGACCAGGUUUGGCUGGAACCAUCAGAAGCAGUCAUGGCCCAGGGCCAAGGACCACUGCCCCCAGCCCAUUUACACGCUUGUGCUGCAAGUGAGAAGCCCAGACCUUAAACCCGGCACAGGAGACCAUCUCAAAGGGAAAAUGGUCUAAAGGCACAAUUUGAAUCAAGAAUAGGAGGCCUGGAGUUAAGAAGUGGUGUUUACUUGCAAAACUUUAAAGUCACUUAAUUCAUCCAACAUGUAUUUAUUAGGAACAAGCUCCCAAGAAACAGGUCAGCCUGGCCAAUAGAAUAGCCAUGACCCCUGCCCCCGCUGAGCUUGUCUUUGUAAUGAAGCGAAAAACAUUGCUUUUGAUGUGUUCUGUGAUACAUAUCUUAGGUGGGGUUCCUGGGAAGGGGCUCGAUGCCCCAGGUAUAGGGGUGGGAAGUAAGAUGGAGAAAUGUGGGUUAAAAUUUGUGAAAAAGAAAAAAUAACUGAAAAAAAACUUCCGACGUAAGAUGGCCAAAGUAAGACCCUUUGCAGUCGAGUCGAUUCCGACUUCUAGUAACCCUAUAGGACAGAGUAGAACUUCCCCAUAGAGCUUCCAAGGAGCACCUGGUGGAUUCGAACUGCCACCUUUCUGGUUAACAGUUGUAGCACUUAACCUCUACACCACCAGGGUUUCCCUAGCCAAGGUAAGAGAUGAUAAAUCUUGUAGAAAAAACUAAGGAGGGGGAGACCCUGAGGCUGAUUUGGGAUGCUAACCAAAAUGUCAGCAGUUCGAAUCCAGCAGCUGCUCCUUGGAAACCUUAUGGGGCAGUUCUAUGGUCGCAAAGAGUCGGAAUCACGUCAACGACAAUGGGUUUGGUUUGGUUUUAUAUUUAUUACUACAAUUUUCUGGAAAAAAGUAUAUGUCGUAUUUUUAAUAAAAUAAGUAUGUCUU